GAUGCGUCAGAAUUAGUCAGGCAGAGAGGCAGUAUAAGUUCACUUGGUGAACACCUUACUGAACAUUUCUUCUUCUACAAUAAUCAACGCCAGUGAAAAUUGUUGCACGGACUGAACUCCUUGGUGAAAAUGAAUGCAUUCUUACUGGCACUGACUGGUUACAGCUUUAUUAUUACGUUAUCCCAUGUAUCUGGCACCUAUGUUUGGAAUGGUAGAAGAUACGUAGAGUGCAACUGUAAUCACAGGGCUAGACAAUGUGUGUGGGAUCCUAUACUGUACCAACAGUCUGGAAGUGGUACACGCUGUGUGAACUGCAUUGGCAACACUGAGGGAAUACAUUGCGAGAAAUGCAAGGAAAAUUACUACCCAACACAACGAGGGGGACAUUGUCAGCCCUGCCGAUGCAAUUCACUGGGUUCCACUGGUAGUGGCUGUGAUGAAUAUGGUCGCUGCAGGUGCAAAGCAGAAGGAGUGAUUGGAGACAAGUGUGACAAGUGCCAGCCUGGUUUUUACUCAUUGUCCAGCACUGGUUGCAAGCGCUGUACUUGCAAUAUGGCUGGUGUUACACGGAUCUGUGAUGUUGAAACGGGAGAGUGCAACUGUAAAUAUAAUGUUGAAGGGUCCAACUGUAAUCGUUGCAAGUUUGGUUAUUACAACCUUCAUCCAGAAAACCCUAUGGGCUGUUCAGCAUGUUUUUGCUUCGGGCAUUCAUCAGUCUGCAAAGUGGAGGAUGGUUACCGGGAGGAUGACAUCACCUCUACCUUUGAUUCAGAUACUGAAGGAUGGAAAGCACAGCAUCGCCGGGGUCCGGAUCUCCCUCUGAUGAGGUCAUCAUCAUCUCGUGACAUUAUUGUUCAGGCCGAAGAUGAAUACCCAGUGUACUUUGUUGCUCCAGCCAAGUUCCUCGGAAAUCAAGUGUUGAGUUAUGGGCAAAACCUCUCCUUCACCUUCUACUUGGAAAGGGAUGGUGCCUACCCAUCAGUGGAAGACCUAGUCCUGGAAGGAGCCAGUCAGACACUAAGUGUACAAGUGAAUGCGCAAAAUAACCCAAUGCCAUCCACAAACAAGCAGACAUACCAGUACAGACUCCAUGAGGGUCUGGAGUAUGGAUGGAAGCCAUUUAUAACAUCAUUUGAGUUCCAGCGGGUUCUCAGUGAUCUCAAGGCCAUCAAAAUCCGUGGUACUUACACCAGGCAGAAUCCUGGACACAUUGAUAAUGUGGUCCUGCACACAGCCCGGCCUGGCACUGGAAACCCUGCGCAAUGGGUGGAGAAGUGCAAGUGCCCAACAGGUCACGAGGGGCGAUUCUGUGAGAAAUGUGCAAGAGGUUACACAAGGGAAAGCCGUCAUCUCGGACGUUUCAGCCGGUGUGUGCCAUGCAACUGUCAAAGCUCCAGUGAGACCUGUGACCCCGAAACUGGUUCCUGUUACACCAAUGAUCAAUCAAGAACCCAUUGCCCACGUGGUUACUACCUUGAUCCUUCUGAACCAAGUGGGUGCAGGAUAUGCCCUUGCCCUGGUGGUACAGGUUGCACUGUGGCACCAGAUACAAGAGAGGUUAUAUGUGUAGGCUGUCCAGCAAAAACAAUGGGUAAACGGUGUGAAAUGUGUGAAGAAGGAUACUUUGGGAAUCCCCAAGCAGGCAGAUCCUGUCAACCUUGUGCAUGCAACAACAAUGUGGAUUCCAAUUCAGUUGGGAAAUGUGAUCAGCGGACAGGUGAAUGUCAGAACUGCCUCUACAAUACUGCAGGACAUCACUGCGAGACAUGCAAACCUGGAUUUUAUGGAAGUGCACUUGCUUCUAAUCCAUCAGAAAAGUGCAAACCAUGUAACUGUGACCCAAGAGGUUCUUGGUCCUUACAGUGCAGGAGUGAUGGGAAAUGCAAUUGCAAACCAGGAGUUUUUGGAGAUCGAUGUAACCAGUGUGCAGGAGACACUUACUACAACAGCACCACUGGCUGCGAGGUGUGCCCAAACUGUUACCUGGCAGUAAAAAAUAAGAUAUUGAAACACAGGAAUGUGGUCAGAGAUCUGGAAAUUCUCAUCUCAAAACUGACAACAAAUGAGAGGCCAGUGAAUGACAGAGACUUUGAGGCAAGACUGAAGAAAGCAUCAGAGGUCCUCCACAAAAUGAUGACCACAGCUAAAGAGACUGAAAACAAUGAUGAAAAUAAUCUUGACAAGCUGAAAAACCUCAACAAUAAGCUGGGCACUGAGACUUAUCACCUGAACAACAUUGGGAAAUCUGUUGAUGAGAUCAGAAGGUUGACUUUAACAUAUGAAGAUAGAGUCCAAAACACGGACAGGUUGCUAAGUAAUGUCAGAACAAAGAUCCAGGAAAGCAGGACAGAAAUGGACCAAAUGCCAUCAUUGCCAACAGGUCCUACUGGAGGCACUAUCCCAACUGUUCUAGCAGAUGAGGCUCGUAGACUGGCAGACGAGCAUCAGGAAGAUGCAGAGGACAUUGAGCAGUUCAGUAGAGCUGCCAACAAGUCUGCUUUUGAAGCCCUUCAAUUCAUUACACAAGCAAUCAAAGAAGAUCAGCAAACCACACAGUCCAUCAACCUACUAACUCAGCAAUCGAAACAGAAGAGUGACAUGGUAGAAGAUCUAGAAGAACAAGUAAACAGAAUAACCACAAAAGCACAAAGAGCCAGUGAGAGGGCCAAGAGGAACUACAAUGAGCUGAACAAUUUGUUUACAAUUGACAUAACAUCCCUUGAGAAUGAAGCAAACCAACUGAAGGGCAAAGAAAAUGCUAUGGAAUUUGAAUUGAACAGAAAACUUGAACUGUAUGGAACUUUGAAAAAUAACAUGAAUGAUUUACAGAGAAAUAUCACGAGAAGUUUAAAGAAAGGAGAUAUAGACCAAAGGACAGCUGCCAUGCUGCAAGCCAGAGCAAAUGCUGCUAAGUACUUGGCUGAAGAGGCCGUCAAAAAAGGAUCAUACACACUGGAGCAAGUUGAUCGGAUCAUAAACAACCUAAGAGACUUCAACACACGAGUGGUCAGCAAUAAGACAGCUGCUGAAGAUGCUCUGAAUAGAAUACCGUACAUCAAAAUGAUGAUUGACAAUGCCAACACACUGACUGACCAGGCUGAGAAUCAACUGGGAAAUGCGUUAACAAUGGCCAAAAAUGCCAAGGGAAAAGCUGAAAGGGCAGAUCGUACUGCCAAUGAUAUUCAGGAGAGGGCAAUUCAAUCACUAUCUGAUGCGGAAGCUGCAUUAAAUGAUACAAUGUUACUGGAUCAAAACAGGAUAGAUAUAAAUGGACAACUGAAACAGCUGGAGACUGACUUGGCAAAUAAACAGAGAUCUGUAAAUGAAGAUGCAUUGAUGGCAGAGACGAUUACAGACAGUGUGAGAGCAGCAACAAGGAAUACAGCAAAUGCAAAGGAUUCUGUGAACAAAAUGAUGACAUUGAUAACUGAUUUACUGCUUUCAAUGGAUAACCCAGCCAAGAUUGACACUACUAAGUUGGAACGUACAGAGAAUUCACUUGAGGUCUUUAAAAAUCAAUGGAUUAAUGAACUACAACUACACUUUCAACAGUUGACAGAUGCUGCUGCUCAGCAGCAGGACACAAUUGCUGCUUUUGACCGAGACAUUGGUGACAUCCUUGGAGAUAUUAGAAAUCUUGAGCAAAUCCGAGACACUUUACCCAAAGGAUGCUUCAACGUUGCAGCUGUUGAACGGCCCUAAUUGCUUUGCUCUAACAGGAGUUGUAUUCAUCAUGAAAGUUUCCUAUUUUCAGAAGAAAACAUCAGAAAAAUCUGAUAUUUCAUGCAAUACCACAACUAUCCAGAGACUGACAAAAAGAAAACAGUAACAACCUCUGCAAUGUUAUCAAAGAACAUUUGAUUCAGAUAUUAUCACAUUUAUCUAAGUAUUUAAUCUUUGUUGUAUACAUUACAUUGGCUAAUUUGGUGCUUACUCCCAACAACUAGUCCCUAGCCACCCUGUCUCCAACCUCCAGCACAGCUAGGCUAAAAUUAAGGAUUUUAUUUCUAAAUCAUUUUUCAGAAAUUGAAGUUGGCCAUGAACAGAGCAGAAUAUUUUUGUCUACAUUUCAAAUUCAUAGAGUCAUUCAGCAUUUCAAGUCAAAGUUUACAGUUUUAAAGUUUUCAAUAACCCAAAAAUGUAUUAAAGAGAGACGCUGCCCAGCAAUGUUGAUAGAUUUUUUUAUCAUCACCAAAAUUUUGAAUUGUUUUUGACACAAUUAUUGAUGUUGGAAAUAGUUUUAAUCCUUCAAUAGCAUUAAGUCAAUAUCUGCCACAACCAUUGUAGGAUGGGUCUUUUAGUGGCCCCUUCACAAUUUGACUGACUGUUCUGAUGGUACUGUACUUCUGUAAAUUGUUAGGGUAAGCAGUACUAAAUAGCUGACGAGUUUCCAUUCCUGGUUGCUACUAAUGUCAGUUUCUCCCUGGAUUUACAAGCCUAAAGACAUUUUGUUAUGUGAUGAACAACUAUUUCUGAAUUAGUAGAAAUCUAUUGGUUUCUAGGAAGCAGUAGCCAACUGAGAUCCUGUGCCAUUUGGAGACAAUGAGGCAAAACUAGAAAGGACUGGAAAAAUUGCAAAAAGGUACGUGAAGAGACCAUAGACCACAAGACAUAGGAGCAGAAUUAGGCCAUUCAGCCCUUCAAGUCUGUUCCACCAUUCGAUCAUGUUGAUUUAUUUUUGCCUCUCAACCCCAUUCUCCUGCCUUCUCCCUGUAACCUUUGACGCCAUUACUAAUCGAGAACCACUUUAAAUAUACCCAAUGACUUGGUCUCCCCAGCCGUCUGUGGCAAUGAAUUCUCAGACUCACCACCCUCUGGCUAAAGAAACUCCUCCUCAUCGCUGUUCUAAAGGGACAUCCUUUCAUUAUGAGGCUGUGCCUUCUAGUCCUAGACUCUCCCACUACUGGAAACAUCCUCUCCACGUCCACCCUAUCCAGGCCUUUCAAUAUUUGGUAGGUUUCAAUGAGAUUCCCCCCCCCCUCAUCCUUUUAAACUCCAGCAAGUACAGGCCCAAAGCAUCAAACACUCCUCACAUGUUAAUCCUUUCAUUCCCAGGAUCAUUCUUGUAAACCUCCUCUGGACCCUCUCCAAAGCCAGCACAUCCUUCCUUAGAUAUGGGGCCCAAAACUGCUCACAAUACUCCAAAUGUGGGGGGCAAUGUGGCUUCUGAAAUGAAUCUAGUUGACUGUUCCUCAUUGUCAACAGGAUUUGGGGAAUUUUUAAAAAUCAGGAAAAUUAUAAUAGAGACACUUAUAAAAGACAAUGCUGUGAACAUGUAAAUUUCAUCUGGUAUGUCAUCUCACGUAUCUUUGAGACCUUAAUCUUUCAGUGUUUCUGCUAGCUUUUUGUCGUCAUUUCUUCCUAAUCCAUUGCUUCUUUCCUAAGUGCAAAUGUGGCCAAAAAUAAAUGAUGAGUUUUGAUCUCUGCUCCUUGCACAGAAUGAUAUGCUGCUACAAUACUAACUCACACCUGCAUAGUGAUUAUUAUCAGAUCACACUAUCAAGGAGUUAUUCCUUAAUUGUGGUAUUGAGGUCCACCCUUUGCCUCCUAAACCAAUUAAAGUCUCUUUACUGAUAACUCAUGCAGAUUUUUGAGUUCUUAGUAAGCAAGUGUUUAAAUAUGUAUAAACGAUAUUGUCACUAUUGCUUUUUAUGGGAAAAAGAGCAUGAGUGUGGGACUAAUUGGUUAAUAGACAUCAUGUAGUGCAUCAUUGCAUUUCUAUCACCUGCCAUAGAUUCCACAAAGCACUAAAAUCACCUCUAAAUGCAAUGGGUAAUUUGAAGCCAAUUCCUUUCAGCUGUUCACAGGGAGUGAGCCAGAUGAAAUCUUGUAUGAAAGCUUUUUUUGGGGGAACUAGCUUCAUGAAUGCAACAACUUGGAUAACUGAAUUUCAACCUUAUUUUUUUCAUUUAACACCAUUAUCCAGUACAAGAACGUACAAUGUUUAGAAAGCUUUUAGUAGCAUUAACACCUUUCACAGCAGCACUUUCAAAUCUCAAACUUGCCACAGCCUUAAUCAUUGGGAACAACCCUGAUGUACUGUUAUAAAAUAUUUCUGUCUCUCGAUGGAUGUGGUGUGAAUGAAUUUAAGAAGAUCAAUAAAUGACUCUAGAAAACUGAAUGAAUGUGGAAUAACUGGAAACUGGAGUGAUUUUGACUUGCAGACUGCACCCCAAUGAAAUUGUGCAAUUCUGACAAAAAAUACUUGCAGUUUUUAUAACUGCCUUUGAGAUGUCUCAUAGUGCUUUACAAUCAAAGACUAUGUUGGCAAACAAAAGGGAAACUACUACAUGAAUCUGGAUAUUUAUACACUUGUUGCUCAGACAUCAUCUACAUGUACUUUGGUCUGGGAAGACUGUUUAUUUUGCACCAAGUACUUUUCCUGUUGUAAUCAGCUGCUUGAACAUUUCAGGCAAGCUAUUUCAAGGAUAAUGUGAUCCAUUUUAGUGAAAUUCUAGAUAUCUUUGUAUCUUUUCUUAUUUAUUUAUACAUUCACUUGGUUAUGUGAUGUUUAAUUAUAACCAUUGUUGAUUGUGAUUCUGCUGAAGAGCUGGACACUCUUCACCUGUUUCAUUCAUCUUACAGUGGUAUGGGCUAGACUUCCAAAUUUGGUUGUCUGCAAUAGAAUUUCGUUUGAAUCAGACAUUAGCUGGGUGUGCAAGGGACAGCCAAUACAAUGGCAUUGUUUGAUGGCAGUGACCAGAAACAAACUUCCACUCACAUCCUUCAACAAAAAUGUUUGGCUUAUGCCAAAACACAGCACAAUCACAUAUAUCAAAUUCACUAUCCCAAUUGGUAUGAGAAGCAUGUUACUGCACCACUUUUUUAUGAUGCCAAUCUUAUGAAUAUGGUCUUUCUUUUUAUUCACAACAGCAGUCCCUCUUUAAAUACUCGAUAAGAUUCUCAGAACAUAAUGUUAAAACACACUGGCUGUAAAAUAACACUUUCCCCUAUUUUUUUGUUAUGGAUAGGUCAUCUAUAAUAUAACCAAACACCUGUAUUUGCACUGGUGAAGUCUAACUAUGUUGUGUUUUCUGCACGAAGUUUAUAACAUUCCUUAUUUAAAUAUCUCAGUAUUAAAACUAUGCUUUGAAGACACUUUUGCCUUGAAGUAUUUGAAGUCAUUCAUUUGCAACUGACUGUUCUUCCUAUGUUUUG